GUGCGCAUUUGUGCCAGUAAUUUAUCCUAAUUUGUCCUAAGUUUCGUCCGACAUAAACAUUUUGAUAAUUAAGUUAUUUAUUUAGGAAAAACCGUCUCGACCCGAGAAAUGUCUGUGAGAAGAGCGAUCCAUGCCGGUAGUUGGUACACGGAUUCUGGCUCAGAACUUUCGAACCAAUUGGAUUAUUGGCUUAAUCAAGCUGAUUUAACACAUGGACCUGCUAGAGCUAUCAUAGCACCUCAUGCAGGUUAUCAGUAUUGUGGAGCUUGCGGUGGAUAUGCAUAUCGACAAGUGAGCCCGGUAGUUGUCCGUAGAGUAUUUAUUUUGGGGCCGUCACAUCAUGUUAGAUUGCUGGGAUGUGCCUUGUCCAGAGCACAAAAAUAUCGUACUCCUCUCUACGAUUUAAUUGUAGAUACCCAAAUAAACGCUGAAUUAGAAAUGACUGGUCAAUUCGAGUGGAUGCACAUGGAUACAGAUGAAAAUGAGCAUAGCAUAGAGAUGCAUCUCCCGUAUAUAGCUAAAGUUAUGGAAAAUUUUAAACACCAGUUUACUGUUGUACCGAUUCUUGUCGGAUCACUUAGUCAAGACAGAGAGGCAUGUUAUGGUCGGAUACUCUCUAGUUAUUUAGCUGAUCCACAGAAUCUCUUUGUGAUAUCGUCAGACUUUUGUCAUUGGGGACAUAGGUUUCGUUAUACUUAUUACGAUCGGUCUUACGGAAGUAUUUAUCAAUCUAUUGAAGGACUUGAUAGAGCGGGUAUGGGUAUAAUAGAAAAGUUGAAUCCAACAGAAUUUACGAAUUAUUUGAAAAAGUAUGGCAAUACGAUUUGUGGUAGACAUCCAAUCGGAAUUUUAUUACAGGCUGUACAAGAAUUAUUGAGGAAUGACCACACGCAAUCUGCAAGUUUGAAAUUCCUAAAAUAUGCUCAGUCGAGCCAGUGUCGUAACAUGAAUGACUCGUCCGUUAGUUACGCGUCGGCAGCCCUAGUUUUCGAAUAACCUGAGGCCUUACACAUAUUAUUCACCCGGUGACUACCCAAUAAAUGAUAAGUUAAGUGAAUUUUUAAACUCACUCUAGUAAUAAGCGACAUUUUUAAUAGUAUUUUUGUAAUUAAUCCAUCUACUAUACAUGAAAUUCAAGUGUUCUCCAUUCGAAAAAAAAAAAACAAAAAAAAUAAAUAAAUGAAAUAAAUAAGUAAACAAAAAAUGAAACUACACCAACAAACGGACGAGAUUUGGACGGGGAAGAAAACAACGUUAAGUUUAGUAGAGGGUUAAAUUUUGUUUCUUUGUCAUUUAUAAUUAUUUUUUUGUAAUUAUUACAAUUAUUUGGGUACCUUAGCCUAAAUAAAACACACCAAUAUUGACUUUU